AUGGAUGGGGAGGGCGAGGCGGAUCUCUGCAGCGACAGGGCGGCGCCGCGCUGGAGGAGGAGGUCGACCCCCCGGCCGCAGCCCCGCGCCUGGAGCAAGCCCCGGCCCCAGUCGUACCAGAGCCCCAACGGCGUGCUCUUCACCGACUUCCCCGUGGAGGACAGGUGCACCUUCACCGUGACUCAGCCCGCCGGCACCGUCAGCACCUGCCCGGCCAGCGGAGCGCUCCGGAGGGGCCCCUCGUUUUUCGGUUCCAGCAUGGGGUCGGUGUCCCACGGGAAGGUACGGCCUCCAGCCUGUGAGGCGGUCUCCCCCGAGCGGUCCUCCCCGGCGCUCGCUCUGGUUUCGAACAGUUCUGUCGGCUUCACUGCCAACGGCAGCAUUACCUCAGCAGGAGGCCAGCUGGGUCACCCCCUGCGGAUUUCCAGUCAGUCGGCGCUUACGCCGCAGCAGGAGCAGGUCGCUCCCAGAGGCAGCCCUCGGCUCUCGCCUGCUGGAAACGCGCCUUCCUCGGACAACAACAGCGCGGCGGCGCUGCCCCUGCCAUGCAGCCGGCUUCCCAAAAUGCCAGACAAAGUGCCGCUGGGGCCCCCCGAGGGUCCCCGGGCCGCGUCCCCGGAGCAAGGCGUGAGGCCGCAGCGGCCGGCGUCCCCUCGGGAGCAGCCCGUGGAGCAGCAGCCCGUGGUCCUGAGCACCAACAGCCCCGCCGCUCUCAAAGUGGGCACGCAGCAGCUCAUUCCCAAGAGUCUGGCUUCCGAAAUAAAGGCGACGAGCAAAGCCAGCAGCCAGCACGCGGCGACGAGCAAGAGGGUGCUGAAGGUGCGCAGCAUGGUGGAGAGCCUCAGCGUGCCGCUGGUCGCCGACGCCGAGGAGGAGGCCGAGGGCGACCUGGACAGCCCGGGGACCCUGAGGCGAGGCCUGAGGUCGACGUCCUACCGCAGAGCGGUCGUGAGCGGCGUGGACUUGGACGGCUCUUGCAAUUUCAAGAAAAAAAACAGAAUGUCCCAGCCCGCGCUUAAAGCGGUUGUUGAAGAUAAAGAGAAGUUUUCGAGCCUGGGGAGGAUAAAGAAGAAAAUGCUGAAAGGACAAGGGACGUUUGAUGGAGAAGAAAAUGCUGUAUUAUAUCAGAACUAUAAAGAAAAAGCUCUGGACAUAGAUUCUGAUGAAGAGUCUGAGCCCCGAGAGCAGAAAUUGGAUGAAAAGAUUGUUUUUCACUAUAAGCCCCUGAGAUCAACAUGGAGUCAGCUGUCCAUUGCGAUAUUUGAAGUGAUAUCUUCCGAGCAUUCUUAUUUGCUGAGCUUGGAGAUUCUGAUCCGGAUGUUUAAAAAUUCCAGGGAACUGAGCCUCACAAUGACCAAAACAGAGAGCCAUCACCUUUUCUCCAAUAUCACAGAUGUUUACGAAGCAAGCAAAAAGUUCUUUAAAGAACUUGAAGCAAGACAUCAGAACAACAUCUUUAUUGAUGAUAUUAGUGAUAUAGUUGAAAAGCAUACUUCUUCAACAUUUGAUCCAUAUGUAAAAUACUGCACCAAUGAAGUCUAUCAGCAGCGAACACUGCAGAAAUUACUAGCCACAAAUCCAGCAUUUAAAGAGGUGUUAUCACGGAUUGAGUCCCAUGAAGAUUGCCGGAAUUUACCAAUGAUCUCUUUCCUCAUUCUUCCCAUGCAGAGAGUUACUCGUCUUCCCUUACUGAUGGAUACUAUUUGUCAGAAAACUCCUAAGGAUUCAUCGAAAUAUGAGAACUGCAAGCAAGCUCUGAAAGAAGUGAGCAAGCUGGUGCGUUUAUGCAACGAAGGUGCUCGGAAAAUGGAAAGGACAGAAAUGAUGUACACAAUUAACUCCCAACUGGAAUUUAAAAUCAAGCCAUUUCCAUUGGUUUCCUCUUCACGAUGGUUAGUGAAAAGGGGCGAAUUAACAGCAUAUGUAGAAGACACUGGACUUUUUUCUAAAAGAACUUCUAAACAGCAGGUGUACUUCUUCCUCUUUAAUGAUGUCCUCAUUAUCACCAAGAAGAAGAGUGAAGAGAGUUACAAUGUCACAGAUUAUUCUUUAAGGGACCAGCUGGUGGUACAACAAUGUGACGGCGAGGACCUGACUUCUUCUCCUGUAAAGAAUGCUUCGACUAUGCUCUACUCGCGGCAGAGUUCUCCAGCUCACCUCUUCAGACUAGCGGUCCUCAGUAACCACGCAGGAGAGAAGGUGGAGAUGCUCCUGGGAGCAGAGACUCAGAGUGACAGAGCUCGCUGGAUUACAGCGCUUGGACAGGACAGAGAUGGGCAGAAAACGGACAGGACAACUUUGGCUCAGGUAGAGAUCAUCAGAACUUACACAGCAAAGCAGUCAGAUGAACUGUCUCUUCAAGUUGCUGAUGUUGUUUUGGUUUAUCAAAAAGUAAAUGAUGGUUGGUACGAAGGGGAACGACUGCGGGAUGGCGAAAGAGGUUGGUUUCCCAUGGAGUGUGCUAAAGAAAUCACAUGUCGUGCCACGAUUGACAAGAACAUGGAACGGAUGGGACGCUUACUUGGACUUGAAACCAACGUGUAG